AUGGGAACACCCUUUGUGAGAGGGGGCAACCCCGCCUCAGACGCAAAUCUUUCCAUCAUUCGGGCCCCGGGCCGCCGCAGCGGGGAGCGGAGCGCUCAGCGGCCCGGGGUCACGGUGGACAGCUCCAAGGCCAARACCUCUCUGGAGGCCCUGAAAAUCAGCCUGCGGCAGCUCCGCUGGAAGGAGUUUCCAUUUGGCCGCCGCUUGCCGUGUGACAUUUAUUGGCAUGGGGUAUCAUUUCAUGAUAACAACAUCUUCUCAGGGCAGGUCAACAAGUUUCCAGGCAUGAUGGAGACUGUACGGAAAAUUACCCUGAGUCGGGCCAUGAGAACAAUGCAAGAUCUAUUUCCUCUGGAAUAUAACUUCUACCCUCGAUCCUGGAUUCUGCCAGAAGAACUUCCCCUCUUUGUGUCUGAGUUUCGCAGGAUGAAAGACAGCGAUCCGUCCUGGAAGCCCACGUUUAUUGUGAAGCCUGAUGGAGGCUGCCAGGGGGAUGGAAUCUACCUCAUCAAAGACCCCAGUGACAUCAGGCUGACAGGGAGCAUCCAGAGCCGGCCAGCUGUGCUCCAGGAAUACAUUUGCAAACCACUGCUCGUGGACAAACUGAAAUUUGAUAUUCGUCUUUACGUCCUGCUGAAAUCCUUAGAACCCUUAGAGAUUUAUAUAGCCAAAGAUGGACUUUCUAGGUUUUGUACAGAGCCCUAUCAAGAACCCACUCUCAAAAAUUUGCAYCAGGUUUUUAUGCACUUGACCAACUAUUCACUAAAUAUCCAUAGUGGGAAUUUCAUCCAUUCUGACAGUGUCAACACUGGCAGCAAGAGGACUUUUUCAAGCAUUYUGUGCAGACUGUCUUCCAGAGGAGCUGAUGUCAAAAAGCUCUGGUCAGAUAUCAUUUCAUUGGUGAUUAAAACAAUUAUUGCACUGACACCAGAACUGAAAGUUUACUAUCAGUCUGACAUACCAGCAGGAAAGCCUGGGCCMACUUGUUUCCAGAUUUUAGGGUUUGACAUUCUCCUGAUGAAAAACUUGAAGCCCAUGUUACUGGAAGUAAAUGCAAAUCCCAGCAUGAGAAUAGAACACGAGCAAGAGCUUUCUCCUGGAGUAUUUGAGAAUGUCCCAAGCCCUGUUGAUGAAGAAGUGAAAGUUGCUGUCAUCAGAGACACUCUGCGGCUGGUGGACCCUCAGAAAAAGAAGAGGAAAGAUACCCAGUGCCGCAGUCUGGAGCAGGUGCGGGACGCGAGCGAGGAGCUGCCGGACGCGGGGCUGGUGGCGCGCUCGGAGCCGGACGUUCACAGGAGCGCCGAGGCCGCGCUGCCCUCGCUGUGCCUCAAGCAGGUGUUCCCCAAAUACGCCAAGCAGUUCAGCUACCUGCGCCUCGUCGACAGGGUGGCCGCCUUGUUCAUCCGAUUCCUCGGGGUCAAAGGGACCACCAAGCUGGGGCCGACGGGGUUCCGCACCUUCAUCAGAAACUGCAAACUGAGUAACAGCAAUUUUUCAAUGGCUGCUGUAGAUAUCCUAUAUAUUGAUAUCACAAGGAGGUGGAAUAACAUGGGCAUUGACCACAAAGAAUCAGGAAUGUGUCUGCAAGCCUUUGUGGAAGCUUUCUUCUGCCUGGCCCAGAGGAAAUACAAGUCACUGCCACUGCACGAGCAGGUGUCGUCGCUGAUCGAGCUGUGCGAGUGUCGCCUGGCUGCCCUGCGAGGGAAGCGCCUGGUGUGCCCCAGGGAGCCCUGCCAGGCAGAGGGGCUGCACCUGGCACCGGCUGCACCGGCCCUCCUCACCCACACAGACACUGCCAGCAAGUUUGCAGAUUACAGAAAUCAUCGCAAUUAAGGGCACUGCUGUGCAGGGACAGAGCUGGGAGUUGAUCCUCAGGUAGGUCCGUGUACUGCUGGAGGAGAGGCCGGCUCUGGAAUCCCUGCAUUUGGGAGUGGCGACUAUUUACUUCAGCUACAUUUUUUAUUUAUGCUCUUCAAAAAGUCUACUUUUUGAAUUAUUUUCAAAUAAUGACCCUGGCGAUGGGUAUUUCUUCUCUUCUCUGUGGGAUUUACGGUGCACAUCUUGUGACAAACUGUGCAUUCAUCCUGAGUGCGGGGAAGAGAAGGACCAAAACACAGGGGAUGAUAACCAGCAUCAUGGGAUUGGCUGCACUGACUGAGAGGCACACUCGUGUCAAAGGGAUUACAUUGCUUUGUGUGCACAGGAAUGUCACAGAAACCAAGGAAAGAACUGYAGUCACAAAUACCAGACUGGAAAWCUGAAACCUGAAAUGACAUUUGUGGUCAGACUUCAGGCUUUUGCCCUCUUCUUUCCAUGGCUUGGACUGUAUGUGUAGGAAUCGAUACAGAUUUUGGUCAAUGUCUCUGUACUUACUUUUUAAAGUCAGRCUUAAAACAUUGAAAUAAUUUGGCUUCUACUUCUUUGUACAUGUCUUUGCCAUGACAAGUACUGUUAGUUUUUUAAAGAAAAACUAAAACUCUUUAUCCUUUUGCUUCCACAGAACUGAUAAGCUCACACUUAUUCACAGAACAAAAUUUACUUUCUUAAGUCAAAUUUGGUGAAUCAAGUGGUGGUUUUGUCUUCAGGGAUUCAGCACUGCUUCUGCAGAAAGCUGGACAGUGAAAAGGCCUAAGAGGUCACUAAAUUCCAGUGGAACCAAUCUGUCACUGACUUUAGCCUAAACUAACUGUAUUCUAGGUUUGCUUAUUUUUUGUCUUUUGCAUGUUUGUUACCUUUCUGGGACCUGCAGUAACAUCUAGAGCAGAUCUUUUUSUAUCUUUGCACAUAUUUUUCGUUGUUCUCUUAAAUAACAGCAUAACUCUGAAUUAGAUCUAAAGAUAUUGUGUCAAAACUGCUGGGCUGUACCCCUGGAGUUGUACAGAGGAGUCUUAUUUAUCAGGAAAUGAACCGUGACUUCCAYGAUCACACACUUCUUGUGUGGUCUAUGCAGAGCUGGAAGGACAGAAAUWACUUGGAACUUCAGGGCUGUUGAGUGAAAUUCUUUGUGGUCUCCUAUUUGAUUACAGUAAUGAAUGGCUACAUCUGAGCUUGAUUUUCCUCCUUUGUUUUAUCUUYAAUGUUAAUGACUUGGUUUAUGUUUUAGAGUCCUCCACGCUAUCAGAAAUGGCAAAGCUGUAAGAUGGGCAUUGAGCUUUGGGUUGGAGAACAUUCUCUGAGCUCCAUGUCAAAAUGUUGCAGUGGCUGCUGCCCCAGAAUGUGCUGUGUCACUGAGGGGGCACCCACCUGUUUUAUGUCAGGGACUAAAUGCACACAGGGUAUCAGUGAGUUUUCACUUCAGGGAAUGUUUAUAGAGUUUCUUUCCUGGUUCCAGUUUUAAGCAGCAUGUGUUUUUCCCAAGUGGCAAUAGCAGCAUGGCAAUGCAAUGCAGGAGUCAGGCUGAGCCCACACAAAACUAGGCCCCAGCAUGUGYUAAUGUCAGACGUGGGCAUCCCUUCUCCUUUUUCUGUAACACAAAUAAAAUAGUAGUAGAUUAUAAUAUAUAGUUCAACGGCCAGACUGUUUGAAAUUUUAUGUAUUGUACAUAAGAGGAUAAUUGUAGAUUAACUAAUGCCACUGCCCUCAGCCUUGUUUCAAGUUUCAUAAAGAUUAUUGCAGUAUGAAGAUAAAAUGCCAAACUCCAAGGUCUGGCACCUGUCAGAACAAAUGAAGCUGAAAGGGUCAUUUUUUUCACACUUUCAUUGUAAUAUAUUUGAAGACAUUCACAAGYUGAAAAAUGGUUACUUCUCCUUUUGUGACAUCUGACAUUUGUCUUGCGAUUGGCAGUGUGUUACUGGAAAAUAGCUUACAGUUCCUCUCAUCUCGUGAUUGAUGUCCUGUAAAGACAGAGUUACAGAGGAGGUGGAUUUGAAAUGCUAUGACUGCGAAUGCCUUUCCUUGCACCUUUGAAGUAGUACGAUGUGUGGCCUAAAAUGUCCCAGUUUUGCUAUUGUAUAACUUAGCCUGAUAUCAGUGGAAUAAAUUAACUAUUGUAUAUUGAACACUGAUAAGAUCUCUCUCUCUAUGGGAGACCUUUAUACUCUCUGGAUCUAAUAGAGGUUUUUAUAGCUCAUGCAUCCACAGGCUGAUGCUGAACGCCCUAUUCAUCUCCCACUUCAAAUAUGAAGGGUCCCUYGUAGAAUAGUCAAAAUAUUCAAUUAUCUGCCUCUAGUAAUCCAGUGUUCAUGUAUUUAUAUAAUUGGAAAAUUGAAUGCCAUAUUAUUCUCGGAGGGGGGGGAUGGAAUAAACCAGGAAUGUACUUUAGAGAUUUAAUGGCAGUCACAUUUCUCUUYCCUCCUGUCUAAUUCAAUUUCCUCUGAGUAUUAUUUAGCAUCCUAUUUCAUAGAGYCUUUAAGUUACCACUCUGUGCCCGUGCAAAUGACCAGAGACACUUUAUCCMGGAUAUGAAUGCUAAUGCACUGAUAAUCUGCUAAUCCUGAGGUACCUCUCUAGCUAAAGAAACAAUACAGGAAAGGUAGCAGGCGCUGGGUUUUUAAUAGCACUUUUGUAUAUAUUCUCUUCAGAGAAUACCACAGCACAGCACUCMUAAUUCUAUUUAUGGCACAUGUGAUAUGAAUAUUAUAUACCAGUGAAAUCUUUCUUGUCAUCAGACACUGGGUCUGGUAUUCCUCUCUGGGUAGAAAUCAAAAUAAAACAACA